CAGAACAGUGUCUUCCCACACAGACAGACAGACAGACAACCACAUCUUAUCUUCACUGCAUGAAUCUGAUGAGUCUCCGAUAACAGAGAGAUGUACGAGGAUGAUUAUGAAAAUGUGCAUCGCUCAGAAGAAAGAGGAGAACGAGUGGAGAUGGAGGUGGAGAUCUACGAGAGUGCAGACACAGUUAAAGCCCAUCAUCCAAUCACAGAGAAGGUGGACGGCAGUAAGAGAACGGAUAUACAGAGUCAGCACUCAGGUGGAGACACUGCAGGAAGCAGAUGCUACAGACUGGCUGCAGUUUGUCUAGGGCUGCUGUGUGUUCUUCUGCUGACAGCCAUCAUACUGGUUACAAUUCGGUUCAACAACUUGACAAUAAAGAGAGACCAGUUACAGACCAGUUACACAGACCUGACUAAAGCAAAUCACCAGUUACAGACAAGUUACAAGAACCUAACCAUAGCAAAUCACCAGUUACAGACAAUCAACACAACACUGACUGCAGAAAGAGACCAGUUACAGAGUAGUUACAAGAACCUGACCAGAGCAAAUCACCAGUUACAGACAAGUAACAAGAACCUGACCAUAGCAAAUCACCAGUUACAAACAAUCAACACAACACUGACUGCAGAAAGAGACCAGUUACAGACCAGUAACAAGAACCUGACCAGAUCAAAUCACCAGUUACAGGCCAUCAACACAAAACUGACUACAGAUAUUGACCAGUUACGGAAAGAGAGAGAUGACCUGCUGAAGAGUCUUUUGGAUCCGAAAAAAGAAACAAAUCCUGAAAAGGGAUGGAAAUACUUCAGCUCCAGUAUUUACUACAUCACUGCUGUGAAGACGAACUGGGAAAAGAGCAGAGACAACUGCAGAAAAAGAGGAGCAGACCUGCUGAUCAUCAACAGCAGAGAGGAACAGGAAUUUAUUAAUAAAGAGUUUGGUAGAAAUAAAGCUUGGAUUGGUCUGACUGAUGCAGUAAAAGAGGGGGUCUGGAAAUGGGUGGACGGUUCAGCUCUGACCACUGAGUUCUGGGCUAAAGGAGAACCCAAUAAUUAUGAAAAUGAUGACUGCGCUAUAACAGGCUUCGAGAAAUCUAGAUCUAAUAUAUUAGAAUGGGCUGAUUUUCCCUGUGGUCACUCUCUAUUUGGGAUCUGUGAGAAACGUUUAACUGGAUAUUCUAAAUUAUAGUGAAGAUCAGAGAGUGAUAUCAAAGCGCUGCGUUACUCUGUGUAUUUACAGAAGAUUUUGUAAUAUUUCUCACUGUAGCUUUUCUUACUUUUCUAACAGUGUUUUUAAGAGCUCAAGUAAUAGAGCAGAUUAAACAGCUCUUCACUAGGGGGCACUAUUAGCCCUUAUGUAGUUUUCAUAAACGUGGGCAUUACUAUAGAACAUGCACUAAUAUACUAGUGAAUCUCAAAAAAUCUGAAUCUCUUUGAGAGGUUACUUUAUUUAGUAAUUCAGUUCAAAAUGUGAAACUCGUAUAAUAUAGAUGUAUUACACACAGAGUGAUCUAUUUUAAGUGUUUAUUCUUUCUUUUAUUGUUGAUGAUUAUGGCCUACAGCCAAUGAAAACACAAAAAUCUAUUUCUCAGAAAAUUAGAAUAUCAUUUAAGACCAAUUGUUACUUUUGGCAGUGUGCCAAGUCCUGCUGGAAAAUGAAAUCUGCAUGUCUAUAAAAGUUUUCAGCAGAGGGAAGCUUAAAGUGCUGUAUGAUUUUGCGGGAAAUCACUGAACUGACUUUGGACUUUAUAAACAACACAGUGGAUCAACACCAGCAGAUGACAGACAUGACUCUCCAAACCAUCAUAGGUUAUUAACUGUAAUUAACUCUUGACGAGUUCAGCACAGAGCUGACUGAGCAAAAUGCUUUACAAGAGGUGCAAAGCUGUCUGUAUCUAAGCAAGAAUUGUUUCCUAUUGAAUAAUGUAAACUAUAAAACAUAUUCUGGUUUGAUUAA